AUGACCCAAACAAAGAAGCCCACUGGCCAAACCGCUGACGCCCCGCCAUCACCUCCCAGCAGCCCAACCCAUGAACAACACCGCAAGUUUUCCCCGAAGCACCCACAUUCUUCCCCAGCUACGACACCACCUUCCGGAUACUAUAGUAGCCCUUGCGUCCCCAAGUUCUUAACUGAAAGCCGCCUCGUCGAUGCCCUUGAGAAAGCUCUCCUUUCCAUCCAGAAAAAAUCAGACGCAGACCAGAACAAUGGUGCGCCAGGGCCAAACGGAAAGAGCAAAGAGGAAGCCAAGCAACCUAAUAAGCCAAGGAUCCGGGCGUCCAAACUGGAAUACAGAACCGUGGAAGAGGUGUGGGAUGAGAAGAAGUACAAGUAUGAGAUCUCGGUGACAACCGAGGCCCCAGAGGUCUCUGAGUUGGAUGAGUAUGAGUUCGUGGUCCGCUCACGAAUCGAUAAGCAUACCACCAAGCCCACGGUUUACAUAGACGUCAAAUCGGAGGGGCUACGGGACAUCUUGAGGGAUGUACUCCAAGACAUCAAAGCAGUGAGCCUUGAUGCAGAAAUGCCCUCGGCACUGUUCAGGCCGGGUGAGAAAGUCUACUCAUUAUACUCCGGGACCGAUAAGCCAAGGGCCUUCACUUUUGACUAUGGCGCAGAAAGGAAAGACCAGCAGGGCGUGGAGUUCUUCCACCUAAUCGGCCAUUACUUUAACUUCAAUAGCAAGGUGUUCGGGCAGGUUAAAGGCGGCGCACGAAUCAAUUACUUUCCAGAAGCGGUAUACAUUAGCAAACUUAAAGCUUUCCCCCUCCAAUAUCACCCAGCAAAGGAAGACGUGGAGUUUCGCCUUCGGAAAUGCGGAAAGAAGUUCCUAGAUGUGAUGUUCGGUCGACACUGCCAUUAUAAAGGAGUUGCCUUUUUCGAAAUGGAAAAUAGGAAAAAACACAGGGUGCCCAUCAAUGGAAGGAUCAUGGUUGACGCCCACCGGUUCCAGCAGGUCAACCCGGGAUAUCCCAAGCUGCUGAGCAAAAUUUCCAGUAUCGACUUGUUCAGCGGUUCCGUGGAUACUAUCUUUACAGAGCGAGUCAUGUCAUCCGGGAAGAAAAUGAACGACCUAUCGGAAGACAACCUCCUUGUCUUCGCGCCCACGAUGCUUGGAUUUAGCCUCGACGACAAAUUCUGGGGUGAAUUCGCGAUCGAAAACACGAGCAAAAUUGAAUGGUUAGACGAGCCGUUCAACCGUUUGGUUAUCCCUCCAAAGAAGAAGGACAUCAUGCUUGCCGUCACCAACUGUUACUUAAGCCCAGCAAAUGAAAAGAAAAACAUUCAAUUUGACGACUUUAUCCCGAAAAAAGGGAAAGGAGCCGUUAUUCUUCUUUCGGGCCCCCCAGGAGUCGGCAAAACCUUGACUGCAGAAGUCCUAGCUGAGAGCAAGCGGCGGCCUCUCUAUUCGAUAACAACGGGACAACUAUCCUCCAAUGCUACAGAGCUGGAAAUUCAACUUUCCGAAAUAUUCGAAACAACAAUGCUUUGGGGCGCAGUUCUCCUGUUCGAUGAAGCAGAUGUCUACCUGACACAGCGCUCGUUGGAACAUAUCGAGCGUAAUCGCCUUGUAGCAGCCUUCCUUCGAACACUUGAGUAUUCCAAUGGAAUUCUGUUUUUGACGUCUAACCAAGGAGAAAGUUUUGACCAGGCCAUUUCGAGCCGCAUCCACCUUACUUUCAAAUACGACGACCUCAACACUGACGCUAGGCGCGAGGUUUUCAGACAGUUCCUACGGAUGGACAACGGUGUGGUAGCCAGCGUCGACGACGACGAACUGAAUGCACUUGCUCAGGCCAAGAUCAACGGGCGACAGAUCAAAAAUGCCAUGUCAGUUGCACAUGCCCUGGCAGUGAAGGACGGUAGCGGCCUGAAUUUUUUUCAUAUUCGAUCGGUGCUCGGUGUUAGCGGACAUUUUGUGCCGGAACCAGGCUGCAAGGCACUUGGAAAUGGUUUAUACGAUUAA